AUGGCCAAGUUACUAUACUCUGUAGCCAUCCUCCUGAUCUGGGCCACAAUCUCUCUCAUGGCUUCAUCAUCCACUGUUGAAGCAAGUGGAGACCUUCCAUGGAUACCCACCACCGCCACCGGCUUAGUCUCCGGGAACGAUGAGUUCGACCUCGACUUGGAGAUCAACCGGCGCAUCUUAGCCACCAGCGGCUACAUCAGCUACGGUGCACUGCAGAGGAACACUGUCCCCUGCUCCAGGCGCGGCGCCUCCUACUACAAUUGCCAGCCUGGGGCCCAGGCCAACCCCUAUAGCCGCGGCUGCAGCGCCAUCACAAGGUGCAGGAGUUAA